AUGAAUACAAGCCUUGAAACGAAGACUGAGAACUACACCGGCAAGUGCAGCAGCAGCAGCAGCAGCAGCAGCAGCAGCUCAUUGCGUGGGCAGCUGCUGCGUCCAGAGAACGCCAAGGCUUUGCCCCCAACCCAACUGAUAUUCAUCGGGUCUACAGUUUCUUAUGGGGGCCCCUGCAGCAGCGGGGUCUUGCUGCUGGAGCGGUUCAGCACUGCUGCGCCGGUGCAGCAGCAGCAACAGCAACAGCAGCAGCAGCAGCAGCAGCAACAGCGGCAGCUGUGGCUGCGGCUCAAUGACGGCAACUUGAGGAAGGAGAUCGAGAGGCAGUAUCCCGUGUGGAACGAACUAAAGAGGGAGGAGCAGUUGCUGCAGCAACAGCAGCAGCUGCUGCAGCAGCAGCAGCUGCUGUUGAAGCAGCAGCAGCAGCAGCAGCAGCAGCAGCUACGCGCCAGCCGUAAGAAAGCCACUGAAGAGCAGCAGCAGCAGCGGCAAGAGCAGCAGCAGCAGCGAGAGCAUCAGCAGCAGCUGUUGCUGCUGGAAGCCAUGGCAGAUCUGGACUUGGAAAGGGACCGGCAGCAGCUGCUGCGCGCUGCUGAGUUCAAAGAGCGCUUUAAUCUGCUGCUGCUGCUGCUGCAGCAAGUCCCUGCUGCCCUCACCGUGGUGUUCUGCAGCAGCAGCAGCAGCAGCAAAGAGCUCACGCUGCUGCUGCGGGAGCACGGCUGGCCCGUUUCUGCUUACCACAAGCAGCUAUCGAUGCGGCGGCGGUUAGCAGCAGCAGAAGCAGCAAACGCAGCAGCAGCUGCACCAGCAGCAAGUGCAGCAGCAGCAGACGCAGCAGCAGCAAACACAGCAGCAGCAGCAGCAGCAGCAGCAGCCCCGCAUAUUCUGGUGGCUACAGAUUUGCUUUCGCGCUCCGGGCAGCUAAAAGGAAAGGCUCAUGUAAUUAAUUUUCAUUUUCCAACAAAUGCUGCUGCUUACGUGCACAGAGCAGCACUUGCUGCUCCAGCAACUUCGUUUCAAGAGGACAGCUCCCAUACAAUGGGUCCUCCUGGGGAGCCCCUGGGGGGCCCCCAGGGGGGCCCCAUGGUGGGCCCCCUGGGGGUCCCCCAUGGGGGCCCCCUGGGUAUGGGCCUUGUAUCAAACAUAAUAGGGGCAGCUGACAUGCCCCUAGCUUCCCAAGUAUUUGCUGCUGCAGUACAGCAGCAGCCGCUGCAGCGUCUGUUUUCUAACAAGAGAUCCUUGAGGAGGAGAAUCAAACAGCAGCAGCAGCAGCAGCAGCAGCAGCAGCAGCGGCAACAGGUGGGAGACGAAGAAAAAGGGGAGCUGCAGCAGCAAUGGGGACGGAAGCAGCAGCGGCAGCAGCAGAGGGGCCCAUUUAAGGAGGGGCCCCUCUUCAGCAAGGUGCUGUGGGCAGCAGGAGAUACACAUGGCUUCUACGUUGCUGCUGCUGCUGCUGCUGCUGCAGCAACAGGUGCAGCACCAGCACCCCGUGCUGCCUUUGCUGCUGGGGUCAGCAAAGAUACAGUUGAGUUCUUCAAACAGAUGAAGAGUGGCAACAGCAGCAGCAGCAAAGAAGGCGCUGCUGUAGCCACACGGAGAGCUGUUGCAGCAGCAGCACCAGCCACAGCCCCUGACGGACCGCAGCAGGAGCAGCAGCAGCAGCAGCAACAGGAACACAUGCAGCAGCAGGAGCCGAUAUCCUGGUGCCUUGAUUCUGACGACGAAGUGGAAGAGGCAGGCAAUAGCCGCCGCAGCAGCACAACAGCAGCAGCAACUGCAGCUGCUGCUGCUGCUUCUGCUGCUGCUGCUUCUGAACCACAGGUUCUGCCGCGCGACUGGACAAAAGAAGAAUACACUCGUCUUGUAAUUCAGCGGAUGCGGCGGAAAGGGUCGCCCGCAGUGCAGCAGCAGCAGCAGCAGCGGCAGCAGCUCUUGCAGCUGCAGCAGCAGCUGCAGCAGCAGCAGCAAACGGCAGAAGUGCGGCGCACCAAAAUGCUUCUUAGAAACUUUCAAGGAGCCGAUGCGUUUGCUGACGAUCUUAAACUGUGA